ACCACUCCUAUAUAAAUGCAAGCAUCCGAACCACACAUCUCGUGCUUACACCAACGACUAGUGUACAAACGCUUUUACCUGCCAAACCGCCUUGCCCUCUUUCCUCAAACCCCAUCACCACACAAUACAAUGGCCAGCAGCGAGCAGGAGCGAUUCAACAGCUGCUACCAGCAGUGGGCCAACCAGCAACAACAAGACCUCAAAGAGCUCCUCCGCUCUUACAACCAAGACCCCCAAGACCCAGACCGACUCGCCCAACUCGUUGCAGAGAACGUCCAACACUACCAGGACUACUGCGAGCAAAGAACCCGACUCGCUGCGGAAGACCCGCCUUCCUUCUUCUCCCCAACGUGGUGCACCUCCCUCGAGAACUCGUUCCUUUGGAUUGCCGGGUGCAGGCCCUCCCUCUCGAUCCGACUCGUCUACUCACUCAGCGGGUCGCAGCUCGAGUUGCAACUCUCUGAGUACUUGAAAGGCGUGAGGAGAGGGAACCUGGCCGAGCUGUCGCCGCACCAGAUGGAGUCCAUCAAUAAGCUGCAUUGCAACACGAUCCGUGAGGAGGAUAAGCUGUCGAGACGAAUGGCGAGCUUGCAAGAGGACAUGGGAGACCUGCCGCUGGUGAGGAUAGCGAGCGAGCGGGGCCGUGGGGGCUCGGAAGAUGAGUCGGAUCGGGCGAUUCAAGAUUACUUAGCGGCUCUGGCGAAUCUUUUGGAAGAAGCUGACAAGCUGAGGUUGCGUACGCUCAAAGAGCUCGUGGAUAUCUUGACGCCUUCGCAGGCUGCCGAGUAUUUGAUCGCUGCUAAACAGCUUCGUCUGAGCGUUCAUGAGUGGGGCAAAAGGAGGGACCGUCAGCAUGGAAGGUUCCACUUGCACCCAAGUUAGUCUUGUCCAGCAAUCUCAUCUACGUACACGUGGCAAGUAUCUACGUGAUCUGGAACGUUCAUAUGCACACCCAAGAUGGAUGCGUCAAACCUUAAAAUCACGCAUGCAGGUUGGAUGAUCUUAGCCAUCGAUUGGAUUGGUGGGUGAAUGUUCUACAAGUGGCUAAUAUGAUCCUCCAUCCAUGCGUUUUCCUGGGUUUAUUGAAUUCUUACAGUGGACUAAGAGAUGAACGGUCUGGAUUUCGUAUGCGUGCCACGAGUACGUUGUGAGAGUGCUCUAUAACUAGCUUAGGCGUCAGUGUUCAGUGCAUGAUGUUUUCACCGUUUUAGCGAGUAGUUAAGUUUGUUUGGUGUUAGACUAAGAAGCUACGUUAUGGAAUCAGUAACUUGCUUAUUUCAGUAGAAGUAAAUGAAAUAUAUGGUAGAGAUA